CUUUGUCGUUUUCCUGCAGACCUUUGUUUGUGCCUGUGCAGUUCGGGAGUUGCCCUCAUUGCUAAACAUUGGGAACUAUACUUCGUUGCUGUGACGACUAACGACUCUGACGACUCACGCGCUCUGACGACCUUCCACCUUGAAUCAAGUUCUGAGCCUCGACUUCAACCCAAUCCACGUGUACCUUCGGAUUUCCUCACGUCUAUCACCAAAUGGCUCUCUUCGAACGCAAACCUUUUGCUGAGCUUGGUUCUGAUAGACUCAAGACUCUUGCAAGUGUUAAAAACAGACAGAAUGGUCUUCUUCUCUCUGAAACUUCUCCAUCCUUCAAACAACAGCAAUUCGCUUCCUCUCCAUUCAAACAACAGCCACUCCAAUCUCCAGCUGCAGCUCGCAAACGGAGAGCGCCAUCCGCCUUUGAGGACCCAGAAGAAGACUGCGAGAACCAGGACCCCUCCCUCUUCUCCCCCACCAAGAAAUCAAAAUCCAUUGACGGCGUCUCCAAACCCUCUCACUUCUCCCUCUCCGUUGUCUCUUCUCCAAGCAAGCACCACUCCACUCCCACCACUCCCUUCUUCACAACACCUCCUGUCCCCUCGGUCCGCAAAGCUCUCUCCUCUCAAAAGCCCAGAACCACGAACUCCACUCCUAUUUCCCUGACCCGCGGCUCCCCCAAGCAUAAACGCGUCGGCCUCCUAUCCAAACGGCGGGCGUCCAGCUCGCCCUUCAGACGUGUGGAUCCACCUUCCUUCACUCCUAGCAGCACCCCUGGCGCUAGCCUCCCCUUCUCCAUCGACGCCGCGCUCAAAGGCAGUAUUCCGGACUACACCCCCAAAUCUAGCAUCUCCCACUCUGCACCCAAGGAUGUUUCCCCUCUUCCUCUCUCGCUCCCCGUCUCAGGUCCCACCGGCGCUGUACCGCACGCCUCCAUGCCCUCGUCCUGGUUCUUCGACAUCUACCAGGAUACGGCUGAUGAAGAAGCUGCCAUCUUUAUGGAGCAUUCUGCCUCUAUUCUGGACAUCAGCUCCGACGAUGAGGAAGAGGUGAAGAAGAGGGCGACUGAGGAGUUGGGGAAAGAAAAUGUACCUCCGGAGGGAUUCGUACCGGCUACUUGGGCGAGGGGAAUGGUGGAUGGGGAACUUGUGCAGACACCCGCGACGGAGGAAGCUACGAAGAUUGGGAUGGUUGAGAAGAUUAAGGCGGUGUUGAAGGACGAGAUGGAUGUGGAGGUGAAUCGGAAGCCUUUGAGGGCGUUGGCGGUGGAGGACUUCUACCCGAAGAGCGAGAAGCAGGAAGAGGAGGAGGAGGAGGAGGAGGAGUGGGAGGAGGAGUAUGAAGAGGAAGAGGAGGAAAAGGUGUGGGCGAAGUCGUCGGUUAGACCGUCCGGGUUGUCGAAGGAAUUCAGCUUCAGUGUUGAGGCGAGAGAGAGGGAGGAGGCUGCGAAGGAGGCGGAGGGGAACAGUCCGGUUGAGGACAAGGUGGCUGACGUCGCUAGCACCACCGGUGGUCCCAUCGCACAUCAGGAAUCCAUCCAGAUCUCCGACGAAAAGGACGUACCCUCAUCCAUCACUACUGCGCCAAACGCACAGCCAACCACUUCUGUCGAGGACGCCACAACCCCUAUUAUCUCUGCCACUGAAGCCGCCCAGCAGAUCACUAUCCCUGCUGUGUAAGCUUGCCUCUAGGCCGAAGUUUCAUGUACUUCCGCAUAUGAGCGAAGACACCUCCCGCUUCAUGGACACAAUGUCUCCGUUGGCAUCCCAAAACUGCCGCCACUACCACUCCACACAGUUGUCCCCACUACCACGAUAGGAGCCUUCCUUCGCCAGCCCAAGCGAGCUGCUGAAUAGGUUCCUUCCUCGUGGUAGGAAGGUGGGCUGUGUUGGGAUGGCUAAGUGAAAGCGGGAAGUUUGUUGUCGACGUGGGGUUUGGUC